AUGUUGAACAAGGAUGUCGACUAUGUCACUCUCAGCUACCGAUGGACGGCUGACGUUAAGAAGACCAUGUUAUCGCGAGAGAAUCAGCGUCUGUUCUACCAGACCAUCCCGACAGAUGAUUGGCCAUCAAUCUACCGCGAUGCGGUCUCGGUGGCUCGCUACUUGAACGUUGAGUAUAUCUGGAUAAACGCAUUAUGCAUUGUGCAGAAUGACUCAGCCGACUGGAGGGAGCAGGCCGCUUUGAUGAACGUCAUAUAUGAGAGAGGCAUUAUCAAUGUUGCGGGAGUCAUGGGCGGAGAAGCAGAUGGUCUUCAGAUUCAUCGUGAUCCGCUGACUGUCUACGACUGUGCGCUAAGCCACCCAUCUGGAGAUAACCGGGUCCUCUUGGAGGAAUUUCGCAACCCGUCUCUCGUAGAUUUCUUUCCCCUUUAUAAAAGGGGAUGGACGUUUCAAGAAAGAAUACUGUCCACUCGAACCCUACACUGCAGCACACAGCUUGUCUGGGAAUGUUACGCUGGCACGGCUAUCGAGAGCUCUCCAGUGCCCAAUCCACGCUAUCAGGUCUAUGUGAAGAAAGCCUUGGCAGAACCUACUAUCUUGGUCUCGGCACUGACAGCGGAGUUGAUCACAAAGUUUUCCAAGUUGUGGUUGAGACUUCUGAACACCUUCAGCAACAUGGAUUUAACCGAGCCACAUGACAAGUUACCGGCAUUGCAGGGGAUCGCCAACCGACUUGGACAGCAUCUCAACCUAGAUCCAGCGAGAUUCUACGUAGCCGGCGUAUGGCUGUCUGACUGCAGUCAGCUAUGGUGGGAGAGACGUAGCCAUCACAAAUGGCACACAUCUGAUGACAAUGACAUGGCUUGUUAUCUUAGUGAGCGCUCUCCUUCCUGGUCCUGGGCAGAUUGCACCGAGAAAUUCGAGAUCGAUUCCAUCGGGGUUGGGGCAUUCCUAGCAAAGUUCGGAUCUAUUCCAGUUCAAACCGGCAAUGCUGCCCUGCCAUACAUCCCCUCCCGCGAUGAAUGCAUUUCGGAGGUGUUUCUGGAGAGCAAUGCCUCAAGCUCAGAUCAGAAAGCACUCACGGGUAUCACAAUACAAGGCAAAUUCAUCAAUUGGUUUGAUACGAAGCCGAUCCUCGAGCUCGGAAAGUCCGACCAUUCCUUCGACAUUCGGGGCUAUUUUCCAGACCCGGACAAUGUCAGCGAGCAACUCUUCUACGACGUCAAUAUUAUGCUUGAUCGUCCGAUCAUGCAGUCGACCCAGCUGGGCAAUUUGGAAGUGUUGCCUCUUUGUUGUGACUUGCGUGGCAGCUUGGUUGGCAUUAUCUUGACAUCUUGCGGUUUCGAUUCAGAUUCAGGUAUGGUUGUCUAUAGGCGCUUAGGCUACUGGCGAAUUUCCUGGACGCCCGUGAGCUUAUGCAAACGUUUCUAUCUCAACAGUAGGCCUCGCGAGGAGGGGGGGAUACCGCCUGUAUUGGAGCGCGAGUUAGAUGGGAUUCCACCUUUCAAGAUUAUCUGA